AAUGCUUAGUAGUUUCAACCGGAGUUCAAACCAAAUUAGUCGGUCUGAGAAUAUUGAUAUAUUACUGAGUCAACAAAGCUACAGAGAUGUGAAUUCAGCUAAAGUAUCAUCAUCAAAGGAAGUUGAAUAAGACAUAGGAUUAUUAGUUCAGCACAGUCAAAUGUAAUGGAAGAGUUAUUCUUAUAAUUUUUAUACCCAAGAAAUGUUAGGCCGGAGCUAACACUGUUAAUCAACAGGGAUGGAAAAUUCAACAAUGGCUGAUCAACAACAUACCUCUCAUAGUGAGGAUGGUACUCAGAACAGACCACAGCAUGAAUCGGCAGAAAUAAGGGCUUCAGGUGUAUCCAAGGAAUCCAAUCUACAAAACAAGGAAGUGGGUGUACAUGAGAACAGACUCAGUUCUGAAGAUAAUCCUCACAAGGAUGGGGAAGAGGAUCCUCAGGAAGGGGGGUCAGGUGAGUCUGAGGACAGCAGUGAGGGGACAGUGGUCACUAAAGUCAAAUAUAGAACCUGGCAGAACACCAGCUCAGAAAGCUGGGAGUCAGGAAAUCCUAUAUCUCCUGUAGAGGCAGAGGAACUGGAAAAGGAGGCAUUGGGAGGGCCAAGCCAAGAGGAGGGUACAGAAGAUGAGGCCUCUAAUUCCUCAUUGCCUAGACCAGAGAGUUUGAACCUUCCAAGGCCACUGCAACAGUAUGAAAAGAAACGAAGUCGCAGCGAUGGGGUGGCAAUUGAGUGUUAUAACCAUUUAGCUAAUAUUCCAGACAAGAAAGACUCGGAAUUUGAAAAUAUUGAAGAAACAAUGUUGUCCAAGAGCAUGCCACAUGGAGUGGUUAUGAAGAAGGGGGAGUUGUUUGAAUUUGUGGCAGAUGACCUGCAGGAGAAAAUCAGACAAAGUAGUCCUUUACCUAAGACUGAAUCCAGUGGUUUAAGCAGUAGGACUUCUAGUUCAAGAAGUAUUGCCAGUAUUUCCAGUGGAAACUCCUCUGCCAUGGGAACAUCCAUGGCCUCUGAAAUGUCAAGGUCGCCAAGUACUCAUUUUCAAAACAGUCCCAUAGACAUUCCACCUAUUGAUCCCAUGGCAGUAAUGGAACUGGAGAUGGCCGCCAAACGGGUGGCAGAUAAUGUAGACCUUCUUAUGGGGAACCUCAAGUCAAAUCUUCAUAAGAUGUCAGCCAUUACUGUCGGGUGUUUAGAUGCCUACAAGAAAUCUGUAGAUGCCACUUGUGAUUCUGUGGACAGUAGUAUCAAGUCAAUGUAUGCCCUAAUGGCCAAAUGUGAAGAAUUGAGCAAAAGCAUGCAGCCGGUGUACCAGCUAGCAAACCAAAUAAAAGAAAUCAAGAGAUUGCUGGACAGGUUCGAGUCCCAACUCUCAGAAAAAGCCUCCAAAACAAAAUCAGGAUAAUUCAGUUCAAGCUCCAGUAUAAGAAGGACAAUUACUCAUACUUUAAUAAUAAUGUGUUUCAUAUGCAUAUGGUUAAUGAAUUUCAGGAGGUCACAUGCUUCUGUUAGAAACAAAGUACAUUUGCAUUCAGUUUUAUCAAUCAGAUUUAAUAGAAAAAUACUCCAAAUGAUUACUCUUAAUACACAAAAGCAUUAAUUAAGGUGAAUGUACACUGUAUUUCUAAUUGUAUUCACUGUGACAGAUUUCAAACAGGGUUAUUGUGCAAUAUAAUUCCCUUUCUCUGGAUAUUCAGAGAAAACAUUUAUGUGUCUAAAUUUAGACAAUAAAUCACGAAAUUUAUAGUUA